CAGCAACGCCACCCGUCAGUCAUGAUCGGCCUGCAGACUGUGCUGUUGGUGGGCGGCCUGGUCGCCGCGGCCGUGGCCACGCCCUAUCAGGACUGUGGCACCCGCUCCGUGCUGACCUCACUGGAGAUCGUUGGCUGUGAUGAGGUGCCCUGCAUUCUCAAGAGGGGCGGCAAGGUCACUCUCAACGCCGACAUUCUCUCCGACACACACACCGACGGCCUGGUUUCUGAGAUUGCCGGCAUCAUCGCUGGUGUACCAGUGCCCUUCCUCAAGGACGACAAGGCUUGCGACGGUCUGACGUCUGGCUCGUGCCCCCUCGAGGUCGCCGACAAGGCGUCGUUCUCCGCCAGCGUGGACGUGUUGAAGGAGUACCCGCCGAUUGCCGUCACCCUUCAGUGGAAGCUGAAGGACGACGCAGGCUCAGAAAUGUGCUGCGUGGAGAUUCCAGCCAAGAUCCAGUGAGCAGCG